ACCCACCACCAAUCUCUCCCUCUCACUCACAGAAUCUAAAAACCUUUUUUUCUCUUCUCUCCAAUCCCACACACCUUCAAUCCUCUUUUCAUUCCUCUCCCUCCACACUCCCUCACACUCACACUCACACUCACAGACACAACCAUGUCUCUCACCAUUCCCACUAACCUCUCCAAACCCACGCCCCUCAGGCCCAAACUCAGCCCAAAACACAGGCCCUCACCAACCACCAUCCUCUGCUCCACCUCCAACCCUGACAAGACCAACGCGUCCUCCGAUCUAAAGGCCUUCUCCGCCGCACUCGCCCUCUCCUCCAUCCUCCUCUCCGCGCCGCUCCCCGCCGUCGCCGACAUCUCCGGCCUUACUCCCUGCAAGGAAUCGAAGCAAUUCGCGAAGCGCGAGAAGCAGUCGAUAAAGAAGCUGGAAUCGUCGCUUAAGCUGUACGCGCCGGACAGCGCCCCCGCGCUGGCUAUAAAGGCGUCGGUGGAGAAGACGAAGAGAAGGUUCGAUAACUACGCGAAACAGGGGCUGCUAUGUGGCGCGGACGGGUUGCCGCAUCUGAUCGUGAACGGUGACCAGAGACACUGGGGCGAGUUCAUUACUCCUGGUUUUCUGUUCCUGUACAUCGCGGGUUGGAUCGGGUGGGUGGGUCGGAGCUACUUGAUUGCUAUUCGUGACGAGAAGAAACCGACCAUGAAAGAGAUCAUCAUCGAUGUUCCUCUCGCUUCUAGCUUGAUCUUUAGGGGAUUCAGUUGGCCCGUUGCUGCUUACAGAGAAUUGGUGAAUGGUGAUCUCAUUGCCAAGGACGUCUAAUUUUAAGAUUAGAGACGAUGGUUAUGUGAAUGUAACGAUGGAUGGAGGAAGCCAGGGGAAAGAAGAGGAGAUUUUAAUUGUGGGGGGGAUAUUUAUGUGCUCAUUUUGUAAAUUUUUUUAAUAUGGUACAUGAUGUAAUCUGCAUGUGAACCACAAUCAACCAGAUCUUAGCUUUUGGGUUCUUUUCUCA